ACCCCCUGGCAAUCUUUUGCUUUAUAUAUUCCAACUUUUAAAUGGUUUCUAUUUUAGCCAAUGGCCCAAGCAUCAAGAAGAGGAGAGGAAGGAAGAAACGACACUCAUUGGGCCCUCCCGCACAGCCAAAAACGAUGAAAUGCAGGAGAUCUAGAAGACAUGUGACAGGAGAGGCUCUCGGCCACAGAGAUGCAGCUGUCAAAGCUUCUUUUCUUAAGAAAUGCCUGGAAGCAGGACUUCUUACUGAAUUGUUUGAACAGAUACAACAAAACAUGAUUUCAAUUCAUGGAAGAUUCAUGGCUGAGACUGCUUCAGAGUCAGACUAUGAAGGGAUCGAGACCUUAGUGUUUGGCUGUGGACUAUUUAAAGACACAUUAAUAAAAUUAGAAGAAGGUAAGUGAUUCAUAAAACAAGAAAUUGUUUUAGAAACAUUUACCAGUCAGAUCCAAAUAGCAGGUUGCAUAAGAGUCAAAAAUUUCUAAGGAGAAUUGUUGUCAAAUGA